UGCCAAAGGUUCGCGAGUGGCGUGCAUGCCCUCGUAGGGGCUGUGAACCCGGACUCUUUCGACACAAUUCAUUCCUAUAGCAACACCUUUCAAGUCCCUCUCAUCACUCCCUGGUAUCCUGAAAAGGUUUGGCCUCCUUCCUUUUUCCUUCCUUCUCAUCGUGUGAUAUCACCAUCUUCCGGUCUCAUGGACUAUGCAGUGAGCAUCCGACCCGAAUAUCACAGAGCUAUCAUCGACGUAAUUCUAUAUUACGGGUGGCAGGAGAUAAUUUACAUCUACGAUUCUCAUGACGGUAAGUUCAGCUCACUUCAUGAAUUCUUGAAACGCACAGGAAAGGGGAAUGAAAACCGUCUGAGUGCACGCGCUUCCCAGUACCAUGACACUGUACACUCUCCCAGAAGUGGAAAUAACUUCACCCAGACACGAUCCCAAGAGAUUUCUUUUUUCCCCAUGUACAAUUUCUCUCCAUGUGAAGAACACCAACCAUGGAUCGCAAUUUCCAUAGAGAUCGAGGGAAUCCCCUCUUCGCAAAUACACUCAAUCUCUCGGAGC